GGAGACCUUUGGCCAAUUGAAAGCGGAACACUAACCGUCGAGACCCACCCGCCAACCCUCGUGUUCAUCAUUCUCUCGCUUUCGCACCUUCCGAAAGAGAUUGCCAUGGCACGAACAAAGCAAACAGCCCGUAAGUCCACUGGUGGUAAGGCUCCCAGGAAGCAGUUGGCAACCAAAGCCGCCAGAAAGAGCGCACCGGCCACCGGAGGUGUCAAGAAACCCCACCGUUACAGGCCCGGAACUGUAGCCCUGCGUGAGAUCCGCCGUUACCAGAAGAGCACCGAGCUGCUCAUCCGCAAACUGCCAUUCCAGCGGCUGGUCCGUGAGAUCGCUCAGGACUUCAAGACCGACCUCCGUUUCCAGAGCUCCGCCGUGAUGGCUCUACAGGAGGCGAGCGAAGCCUACUUGGUGGGCCUGUUCGAAGACACCAACUUGUGCGCAAUCCACGCCAAGCGAGUCACCAUCAUGCCCAAGGACAUCCAGCUAGCCCGCCGCAUCCGCGGAGAGCGUGCUUAAGUCACUUCAGGGGGACCCUUCGUGCUCGCCCGCACCAAAAAACGGCCUUUCUAAAGGCCACAAAUAC